AUCCAAGCAGUACAACAUCUUCGCAAUGGAGGACUGAUGAUAGACUUGGAUAGUGAGCAAUUGGCAAGCUGGCUCAAAGGCUCCACAGGCUGCAUGCUGCUUGAAACCCACCUCGACUUGACUGCCUGUAUCUGUGACAUGACCUAUGCCAUAGUUGUCCAAUUCCUUCUUGUCACCUAUGAGAUCAAACGUGAAGGCUUCACACAUCACAUCAAAGCUGAGGACUACCUUCCUCCCAACUCCAUUGCCUCCAUCCAGUGGAUCAAGCCUCCUCAAUGUUGCACAAGGGAGCAAUGUACUGCCUUCACCCUGCUCCAAAUCAAGGACAAUGAAACUGCCAAC